CUUCAAGCAAAUAUCAACAAUAUGAUAGCUCAAAUGACACGAACCAACACUGACACCAAUGCUACAGCUCCAUGUGGAAGUGCAACACCAGUAGUACAUAUUAUGUCACUGCAGCAACCACAAAAGUCAACUAAUCAGACUAACAUCUUACCAUCAAACAAAGGAAAAGAAACUAGUCAGCCCACAGGUAAGCACACUCCAGCUACUGUAUUAAAUGAUCUUAUCAUGAGAGCAUCCAAGGUUUCAUUCCAAGGACAGAAUGGGACAACAUCGUCAAAAGUUCAUGAGUUUUCUAACACUCAAGCAGCAAAAACGGAGAGUGUUCAAAUUUGGUGGGUCAGAUGGUCAAAAAAUAAUCGAAACUCUUCCUUUCAAGCUCAAUAUUUUACUCAAACUAUGGAAAGCAGUUGCCUUUGGCUUCAAAAAAAUACAAACACAACACAAGUCGCACCUCACAACCCGAAGUGGAAUGGCAUGACGGAAGAGAGAUAUGUAUCAACUGGAAUAAACAAUACUGCGCAAAUGAGAGAGUUUGUAGAAGAGUUUAUGCCUGCUUGGUGUGCAAAAAAACUAACCACAAUAAACAAAAAUGUUUUAAAAAUUUAG